AUGAAUGAAGAUCUCACUCUAAAUGUCAAUUAUUUGGCUAACCACAUUCAAGAAUACCUCGACGAUGAGAGGAUUUAUGAUAUUCUUGAUAAGAUGACUCUUUCUCAAGUAUUCAAAAUAGCAAAGUUUAAUCCAACAAUGUUCGAUGCUUUAAUUAUGCAAGGGAAAUCAAAAUAUUCCACAAGUCAAUUAUUCAACUACAUCAGAAAGUGUAGAGUUUGUAUAAAUAGUUUUGAUGAAGCAAUGCAGAUUCUAAAAAAUUACGAAAAGAAUUUCAAACUGAAAUCAGCUCGUGAUUUGAAAAAGUUUUUUGAAAAUUACAUAUUAAGUCAUACCUCGAAUAGAAAUGAAGUCAAAGAAUGUAAUUCCGAAAUUCAAAACCUUUAUUCAAAGGUAAAUAUAAUGGAAAAUGAAAUACAGCAAUACAAGAAUGAAAUUACUAUACUUAAAAAUGAAAAUAAUAAAAUGAUUGAAACAAUAAAUUAUUUAUCAAAAGUUUCAGAAUUGAACAGCUCAGACAAUUUUAACAAAGUUUAUAUGUACCUUAAAGAGCUUUCUGAUAAUGGAGAUCAACAGAAAAUGUUUGAUUCAUGUGUUAUUGGAUUGAGUGAAAAGAGAGAUUCAAAUGACAAUACUCCACUUCUAAUGGCAUGUUAUAUUGGAUAUCUUCAAUUAACAAAAUCUCUAAUUGAAGGAGGAUGCAUUAGAGACGCAAAAAAUAAAUCUGGAUGUAAUUGUUUGCUUGAGGCAUCUUUAAAUGGCCAUCUUGAUAUUGUAAAAUAUUUAAUUGAAAUUGGAUUUGAUAAAAAUUGGCGAGAUAAAAAAGAUGGAUUCAAUGCUAUUCUAGCAGCAUCCCAAAAUGGACAUCUUAAUGUAGUUAAAUAUCUGAUAAGUAUUGGAUGUGAUGCGGAUUCUAAACAAAAUAAUAAUGCUAAUUGCAUUUAUUUCGCAUCAAGAUAUGGGCAUCUUGAAACGGUGAAAUAUCUCAUAUCAAUGGGAGGAAAUCCAUUUAAAAAACCUAAUAGUGGCUUUUCUCCAUUAAUUAUCGCUGCUGAUAGUGGCCAUCUAGAAAUAGUUAAAUAUCUUAUUCAGGUUGGAUUUAAUAAAAAUGACAAAACAAAGUUUAAUCAAACAUCACUUCAUCGUGCUGCAAUGAAUGGCCAUUUUGAAGUUGUACAAUAUUUAAUUUCGAUUGGUGCCAAUGCUAAUGAGAAGGACAAUGGAGGAUAUACUGCACUUAAUUAUGUAACACUAAAUCAAAACAAAAAUAGAGAUUAUAAAAAUAUCAUGAAUCUUCUUUUGAAUUCCCAAACUUUUGAUGAUCUAAUUUAA